GCUACCCAGCCCUCCCGCUUUUGAACCUGGGCACAGCAGAGGCGGGGAGAGGGGCAGGGGAAGGAGGCAGGCAAUGACAUCAGAGCGGCCCGAGCGGAUAAGGUGGGAGAGCCCCGGGAGCGGAGCGGAGCGGGCGAGCCAGGCGUGAGCAAUUGGCAGCCGCCGGUCCCGGCACGGCGCAGCCCAGCGGGCACCAUGCAGAGGUCCCCGCUGGAGAAGGCGAACAUCUUCUCCAAACUUUUCUUCAGAUGGACAAAGCCAAUUCUGAAAAAAGGUUACAGACAACGACUGGAACUGUCAGAUAUUUAUCAAAUUCCUUCUGCGGACUCUGCUGAUAAUCUUUCUGAAAAAUUAGAAAGAGAGUGGGACAGAGAGCUGGCAACUUCAAAGAAAAAGCCCAAGCUUAUUAAUGCUCUUCGACGAUGCUUUUUCUGGAAAUUUAUGUUCUAUGGAAUAUUAUUAUAUUUAGGGGAAGUCACCAAAUCUGUGCAGCCCCUUCUGCUGGGAAGAAUAAUAGCUUCCUAUGAUCCGGACAACUCCUCUGAAAGAUCCAUAGCCUACUACUUGGGCAUUGGCUUGUGCCUUCUCUUCCUUGUGAGAACACUGCUCAUACACCCUUCUAUAUUUGGUCUUCAUCAUAUAGGCAUGCAAAUAAGAAUAGCAUUGUUUAGCUUGAUUUAUAAGAAGACCUUAAAACUGUCAAGCAAAGUCCUAGAUAAAAUAAGUACUGGACAACUGGUCAGUCUUCUUUCCAACAAUCUGAACAAAUUUGACGAGGGUCUUGCUCUGGCUCAUUUUGUAUGGAUUGCACCUUUACAAGUGGCACUGCUGAUGGGACUGCUCUGGGAUAUGUUACAAGCUUCUGCAUUUUCUGGACUUGCUUUUCUAAUAGUCAUGGCCUUUUUCCAAGCCUGGCUGGGACAAAGGAUGAUGAAAUACAGAGAUAAGAGAGCAGGAAAGAUCAACGAGAGACUUGUCAUCACCUCAGAAAUAAUUGAAAAUAUACAGUCAGUUAAAGCCUAUUGUUGGGAAGAUGCAAUGGAAAAAAUGAUUGAAAGCCUCCGUGAAACUGAACUGAAGCUAACCCGAAAAGCUGCUUAUGUGAGAUAUUUCAACAGCUCAGCCUUCUUCUUUUCAGGCUUUUUUGUGGUGUUUUUAGCUGUGGUUCCAUAUGCUGUGACUAAAGGAAUUAUUCUCCGAAAAAUAUUUACCACCAUUUCAUUUUGCAUUGUUCUUCGAAUGACAGUGACCAGGCAGUUUCCUGGGUCUGUACAGACCUGGUACGAUUCUAUUGGAGCAAUAAACAAAAUACAGGAUUUCUUGCUAAAAGAAGAAUAUAAAGCCCUGGAGUAUAAUCUAACAACAACUGGGGUUGAAGUGGACAAAGUAACAGCUUUUUGGGAUGAGGGAAUUGGAGAGCUCUUUGUAAAAGCAAAACAGGAAAACAACAGCAAAGGUCCUAGCAAUGACAACAAUCUCUUCUUCAGCAAUUUUCCCCUUCAUGCAUCUCCUGUUCUUCAGGAUAUAAAUUUCAAGAUUGAGAAGGGAGAGCUAUUAGCUGUUUCUGGAUCUACUGGAGCAGGCAAGACUUCUCUUCUGAUGUUGAUAAUGGGAGAAUUGGAGCCUUCUCAGGGUAAAAUUAAACACAGUGGAAGGAUAUCCUUUUCACCUCAAGUCUCCUGGAUCAUGCCUGGAACAAUAAAAGAAAACAUAAUUUUUGGUGUAUCCUAUGAUGAAUACCGAUACAAGAGUGUCAUCAAAGCCUGCCAACUGGAAGAGGAUAUUUCGAAGUUCCCAGAUAAAGAUUAUACAGUGCUGGGGGAAGGUGGAAUCACUCUGAGUGGAGGCCAGCGAGCACGAAUCUCACUAGCAAGAGCAGUGUACAAAGAUGCUGAUUUGUAUCUCAUGGAUUCUCCUUUUGGAUAUUUAGACAUUUUUACAGAAAAAGAAAUAUUUGAAAGCUGUGUGUGCAAAUUGAUGGCAAAUAAAACUAGGAUCUUGGUUACUUCAAAACUGGAACAUUUGAAGACUGCUGACAAAAUAUUGAUCUUACAUGAGGGAAGCUGCUAUUUCUAUGGAACAUUUUCUGAACUUCAGGGUCAACGGCCAGACUUCAGCUCAGAGCUGAUGGGAUUUGAUUCUUUUGAUCAAUUCAGUGCAGAGAGAAGAAAUUCAAUUAUAACUGAGACUCUCCGACGAUUUUCCAUUGAAGGAGAAGGCAUGGGACCACGAAAUGAAGUAAAAAAGCAAUCUUUUAAACAAACAUCAGAUUUUAAUGACAAAAGGAAGAGCUCCAUAAUUAUUAACCCACUUAAUGCAGGCAGGAAGUUCUCGAUAAUGCAGAAGAAUGGGACACAGGUCAACGGGAUGGAAGAUGGCCACAAUGACCCACUAGAAAGGAGGAUCUCACUGGUACCUGACUUGGAACAGGGAGACCUGGGUCUGCCUCGGACUAACAUGUUAAACACUGACCAUAUGCUGCCAACUCGGAGGAGGCAAUCUGUGUUAAACCUGAUGACAGGAACCUCUGUGAACCAGGGGCCACACUUUUCCAAAAAGGGGAGUACAUCAUUUCGGAAAAUGUCCAUGGUGCCUCAGACAAACCUGUCUUCUGAGAUAGACAUGUACACCAGGCGCUUGUCUCGAGACAGCAUCUUGGACAUAACUGAUGAAAUUAAUGAAGAGGAUUUGAAGGAAUGCUUUAGUGAUGAUGCUGAAGGUAUGGGUACUGUUACCACAUGGAAUACUUAUUUCAGAUACAUUACCACCCACAAAAGCUUGAUUUUUGUACUAAUUUUGUGUGUGGCUAUCUUCUUACUUGAGGUGGUUGCUUCUCUUGUUAUGUUAUUGUAUUUUCAAACCACAGCUGAAAAAGUAAAUACAACACAACCAGAAAACACUACCAGUGACAAUCCCCCUGUGAUCAUCACCAACACUAGCAUCUACUACAUGAUUUAUAUUUAUGCGGGAGUUGCAGACAGCUUUCUGGCCAUGGGAGUCAUCAGAGGCUUGCCCCUUGUGCAUACACUUAUAACAGUGUCUAAAACUCUUCAUCAGAAGAUGGUGCAUGCAGUUCUCCAUGCACCUAUGUCAGCAUUCAACUCUUUGAAAGCAGGUGGUAUACUUAACAGAUUCUCAAAAGAUACGGCGAUACUGGAUGAUUUACUUCCACUUACAGUAUUUGACCUCAUUCAGUUAAUACUGAUUGUGAUUGGCGCUAUAACAGUAGUCUCAAUAUUACAACCCUACAUCUUCCUGGCAUCAGUGCCUGUGAUAGCAACCUUUAUUGUGUUAAGGGCAUACUUCAUCCACACUUCUCAGCAGCUGAAACAACUGGAAUCUGAAGCUCGGAGUCCAAUAUUCACACAUCUUGUUACAAGCUUAAAAGGACUAUGGACGCUGAGAGCCUUUGGGCGGCAGCCGUAUUUUGAAACCUUAUUUCACAAAGCUCUGAACCUACACACAGCAAACUGGUUCCUCUACCUGUCAACGCUGCGUUGGUUCCAGAUGAGGAUAGAAAUGAUUUUUGUUGUCUUUUUCAGUGCUGUGGCAUUCAUCUCUAUCAUAACUACAGGUGAUGGACCAGGCAAAGUUGGCAUUAUUCUUACUUUAGCCAUGAACAUCAUGGGAACCUUGCAGUGGGCAGUAAACUCAAGCAUAGAUGUAGAUAGCUUGAUGCGGUCUGUCAGCCGAAUAUUUAAAUUCAUUGACAUGCCAACAGAAGAGAUGAAAAACAUUAAGCCACAGAAGAAUAAUCAGUUUUCAGAUGCCCUUAUAAUUGAAAACAGGCAUGCAAAGGAUGAGAAGAACUGGCCAUCCGGGGGCCAAAUGACAGUGACGGACCUGACAGCCAGAUACAUUGAAGGAGGAGCUGCUGUCUUGGAAAACAUUUCCUUUUCAAUAAGUUCAGGGCAGACGGUGGGCCUUUUAGGAAGAACUGGUUCAGGAAAAAGCACUUUACUUUUUGCAUUUUUAAGACUGCUGAAUACAGAAGGGGAUAUCCAGAUUGAUGGCAUCUCCUGGAACACAGUCAGCUUGCAGCAAUGGAGAAAGGCCUUUGGAGUGAUUCCUCAGAAAGUGUUUAUAUUUUCCGGAACUUUUCGGAAGAAUUUGGAUCCUUAUGGGCAAUGGAAUGAUGAAGAAAUAUGGAAAGUUGCAGAGGAGGUUGGGCUGAAGUCUGUAAUUGAGCAAUUUCCAGGCCAGUUGGAUUUCGUUCUUGUGGAUGGUGGCUGUGUCCUCAGCCAUGGGCACAAACAGUUAAUGUGCCUUGCCCGGUCAGUCCUCAGUAAAGCUAAAAUCUUGCUGCUUGACGAACCAAGUGCUCACCUAGAUCCUGUAACUUCCCAAGUGAUUAGAAAAACUCUGAAGCACGCAUUCGCAGACUGCACUGUGAUACUCUCUGAGCACAGGCUGGAAGCGAUACUGGAGUGCCAGCGGUUUCUGGUAAUCGAGGACAACAAGAUGAAGCAAUAUGAAUCGAUUCAGAAGCUGCUGAAUGAAAAGAGCUCCUUCAGGCAAGCCAUCAGCCAUGCUGAUCGCCUUAAGCUGCUCCCGAUACAUCGCAGGAACUCCAGCAAGCACAAGCCUAGACCCAAAAUCACCGCCUUGCAGGAGGAGACAGAGGAAGAAGUGCAGGAGACGAGGCUGUGAGAUGUGGUGCGGGCACCCCUCUUUUUGGAGCAAGCUCUCAGCAGUGCCCCGCAGUGACAGGACCGGCACUUCUGAACUUGUAGGACUGCACACAAAUGUACCCUUGCAGGAGGCAUUCGCUGCAGUGACUGCAUGUGCAUUUGGGAAUGUCUUCCCUUCUGUGUGCGAGUUCUUAUGUUCCUUGAAGACAUGCCACUUUUAAUGGUAAAAUGAGACUUCCUUUCACAAGCUGCUCUAAUUCGGUACAAACUAGGUGGCACGCAGAAGUAACCUGCUUAGCCCAAUGUAAUUGUUUCAGAAAACUUUUAGAUAUGUUCUUGCUGGGGUGAGAGGUCCAGGCAGCAGGCAGAAUGUUAGAAAAAUAAUCAAACCUGGGUGGAAAAUGUGAAGAUCAAAAUGUAAAAGGUUUCUCUGGAUUCACUUCCUGUGAACAAAUUAAGAGACACUAUCAGCCACUCGCACAGCAUACUUCCUCCUCUUUGUUCUUCAUGCAGCAACGGCAGUUCCUCCCUAGCAGAAAAGGCCAAAUGCCCUCUCAUAGCAGCGCACGACUCCGUGCGCGUAGGUGAUAAUGAAGGAAGAGAGGAUAUUGACUGGCAAGCCUGUCACCAUCUGCCAUGUCUCCACAGUUACAGGAGAACUGUGAUUUCCUCGGAAAACCUGGGAGGCUUGGCCCAAGCCUGCACACACCCUCAGGCUGACAGCAGCGCACGCCAAAGGACAGGACUCCUAGCAGAGGAACUCUUAACAGUCUGCACAUGUAGGUCUGGCACCUUUACUUCUUACUGUGGCCUAAAAAAAAAUAAAAAUAAAGGAGAAACCUCUCUGAAGUAGACUUUAAUAAUGAAAUCAAUUUUUAUACUCUUCUGGUUUGCAGUUUUGUGAUGAAACUGAACUUUCUCUAGGAUAUUUUAUUUAUUUUA